CUUUGGGCGAGCUCUAGUCUCCAUUGGCCGCCUCGGCCAUCUGAUCCCGCUCUUUCCAAACUAGGGAGAUUAAAACAACAGCUAGUUAAUUUCGCCUCUUUGCAGCGACCAGGAAGGCUUGGAGGGCUUUUCACAGUUUCUGUCUGACACAGAUACAUCACUGUUUGUUUCCUAGGCCAAAAAAACCCAUCUGCCAAGAUGUCUAGCAAGCGAGCCAAGGCAAAGACCACCAAGAAGCGUCCUCAGCGUGCCACCUCCAAUGUCUUUGCCAUGUUUGACCAAUCACAAAUUCAGGAGUUCAAGGAGGCUUUCAAUAUGAUCGACCAAAACCGUGACGGAUUCAUUGACAAGGAGGAUCUGCACGACAUGCUGGCAUCUCUUGGGAAAAACCCUACCGAUGAGUACUUGGAGGGCAUGAUGAGUGAAGCACCCGGGCCCAUCAACUUCACCAUGUUCCUCACCAUGUUUGGAGAGAAGCUGAAUGGCACUGACCCCGAAGAUGUCAUCCGCAACGCUUUUGCCUGUUUUGAUGAAGAGGUCACAGGCUUCAUUCACGAAGACCACUUGCGUGAACUGCUCACCACCAUGGGCGACAGAUUCACAGAUGAGGAAGUCGAUGAGAUGUAUCGAGAAGCCCCCAUUGACAAGAAAGGCAACUUUAACUACGUGGAGUUCACCCGCAUCCUGAAGCAUGGAGCCAAAGACAAAGAUGAUGAGAACUAAGAUAUUCCAACUCCCCAGUUGCCCUGUUUCUGUCCCAGUUCCCUUGCUCCUCCCUGAAGAUCCCUGCUGCCAUGGCCCAGUGUCAGAGUGGCCUAACCUGAAAGAGAAUUGCUCUGAAAUAUUUCAGCAGAGCUAGCCCUGACCUCAAGGAAUGAUAAGCUUGUUGCAUGUUCACACACACACACACACACCGGUACAGAGCCUUUGUUAAGCUGCUCCUUGACUCCAUAGGUCUCAGGGAGUAAGAUACUUUUGUGAUCUCCCCUCUCCAAAAUUUCUAAUUACAAACAUUUAGAUGCUCUGCAGAGGGAGUUAGAAGAGACAUUCUGGACUCAGAGCCCUCUGACACUGUCCAUUUGUUACAUAAAACCAUCCAGCAUUGAAUUUAAGGGCUCUGCUGGGAUAGCCACUUGAAUCUUUAUCUAGAUAAUUGAUGUCUGUUGUUAUUACUAUUUAUCACUUAUACUGCACUUUUAAAUUUGCAAAGCAACUUACAAUUUUUAUUGUCCGUCCCCCAUCCCCCAAUAACUCUACGAGGUUGGACUAUCUUAUUCCCAUUUUAUAGCUGGGACAAAUAUUUCCCCCAAACCACACAAUAACUAUAUAAGUGGAACUUGGACCCAGGUCCCUCAGAAUUUAAAUCUAAAUUCUUAUGUGCUGGACCAUGUUGGCCUUCAUCCCAGUUGAAGCUGCUUCCUCCUCAAAAAAUAUACUAAACUUGUUCAAAGCUCACUGGGAGGCAGUCCAGAUUUGGGGUUAUCUAUCCCACCUGACAGGCAUGCUCUGUUCUCACUUGUGAUACUUUGUGCACAAAGGACACUUUUUCCUUUGAGGACGUGCAAGGCAUGUUUGACCCUUCUCACACACAUCCAUUCAUGUGCAACCAAGAUGGACUUGCCCUUUAUUUUGCAUUUCAUGCCACAUACACCUGAAUGCUCAAACCUCUUAGCACUUAGUCCUUAAAGGUAAAGUGUGCUGUCAAGUCGGUUUUGACUCCUGGCAACCACAGAGCCCUGUGGUUGUCUUUGGUAGAAUACAGGAGGGGUUUACCAUUGCCUCCUCCUACACAGUAUGAGAUGAUGCCUUUCAGCAUCUUCCUAUAUCACUGCUGCCUGAUAGAGGUGUUUCCCAUAGUCUGGGAAACAUACCAGUGGGGCCUUAGAGCUGGCUAAAAAUAAGAUUAUUAGAAAACUAAGUUUGAGGUCCUAUCCCACACACUCCACUUGGGACCCAAACCCAGUAUAUUUCUUACUGGCUACCUGAAAAAAGAUUGAGCCAGAGGAACACAAACACAACAACUUGCCUCUCUUGCCUGCAUCUAACCAGCAGAAAAUGUGUUUGUUUCCAAAUAACUUGCUCCAAUUAUUCCCUUUUGAUGAUUAAAGAUACAAUAUUACAGACUACCUAUAGCCAUCCCUGCUGGUUUUUAAAUCAAUACGAUAAGGAUGUCGCCUGUAUAUUGUUUGUUGACAAUCAGACCAAAGAUUUGUGACUUAAGAGAAAAAAUGUAAUUGCAGAUUUAAGGAGUAUAAUACAAAUCUGUUUCCAUCCUA